GAGAUAUGUAUGUAUCUAAACGAGUGUGUACGUUAAUUUCUAACCUAAAUAACAUCGAAUAUUCGUGUUAUUCGAGAUGCAUGUAACAUACAGUUUUGAUAAACUUCUAAAAUUAUUUACAACUAUUGAAUGAGAUCAUGUAAUGGAAUGGUAUUGCGUAGUUUCAUAUUUAUUUAACAUACCGUUGCAUAAACAUAUAGAGUAAAAUUGAUAGCAAUGAUGUAACGUCAAAAUGAAAUGUUUCAUAUCAAAACACAAAGCUAACAAACACUUAUAGCAAAACAUAAGUAAAGUUUUUUAAUGCCGAUAAAUAAUGUUCACAUAAUAUUACAAUGAUAUAUUGAUUUUCUUAAAUUAUUAUAAGAUGCAACGAAAAGUGGUCUAUUAACGAAUGGAUUUAGAUAAAAGGUGAUAAACACGUCAAUAUGUGCGAAGACGUUCACGUGAAAGAACAAUGGCAACUUUUGCAAAAUCUUCGAACCACUGUAGAAGGUCUACUGGUCGAUGGUGUUUUAAAUGUAUGGAAUGUUUACGGUGGUUUAAAUCGUCUUCAUAAUGUCAUGGAGCGAAUUUUCAAACAUGGCUGUCGAAUAUACAAUCGAAAUGGAGAGCCAGACUGUUGGGUCUUUAUACAAGGAUUAAAUUGGCUACAACCUUCUUUAGCAUUGUCACCUGUCGUCUCUGAGACAGAGGAUUACCUUUCAAAUUUACCAGCUAGAAUAACAUCGCAUAAGGACAUGUUAUGGUUAUAUAAAAGUUUGGAAAGUCAUUCUUUGUCGCAGAAGCUUUCAUGGCUUUUGUCUGACAAAGAACAUUUACUUUCUUCUUUUGAACCAUGGGCAUUUUUAUGUCAAGAAAACUUACCUAAAGCAAGUCCGCAAAAACAUCGCCGAUCUUCUUCGUAUCCCAUCAAUUUAUCAACCACAAGUUUUAGUAUGGCAAGGGAUAAAACUGUACAUAUUGAAAAGUAUCAAUUAGAAUCAUUAAAAGUAGUAACGGGCGAGAAUUUUGUGCAACGAGAUGAUCUUGAUUCCGUUACAAAGAAUCAAGACGAAACAUUGGGUUCCAAAGAAAUUAACGAUAUACCUUUAAAAACUUGGAGCAGUCUUUCGACAUUGACUAAAAAUUGUAAAAGUCCAGGAAAGAACGUAUCCGCAAUUUCACCUAACAGUGAAAACAGCAGCUUGCAAAAAAAUAAUGAAUCGCAAACAUCUGCUGAACUAUCAAAAAUAAUAGAUUUUAAUUACGCUGAACUAAGACAUUCUACCCCCAUGGUUGCGGAUAAGCCGCUUGUAAAACCGAGAACUCCAACACGGAGACAUAAAAGUACAACUAAGGUGAAGCGAAAGAGUGAAGUUACGAAAAAAUCUAGCGAAGAUUCUGAUGUAAUGAAUAAUGAAGAGAUACCGAUAAAUAUGGGAAAAGAAUAUAGCAUUCCAUCUCCCGUGCCAAAUAAAUUAAGCACUACUGGAAUGAAGAUGUCUCAAAAUCCAAGGAGAACUUCUUUCUUGUCGGGAUCGGCACCUGAAUUCACUGGCCCUUGGAACUUGGAAAUCGAAGGUCAGAAAGACAUAAGAACACCGAAGAAGAGUUUUAUGGAAGAUGGAGGUAGUAGUGUUCAGCCUAUGGCGAUAGGGUACUUUCCACGUCCAGCGGAAGGUCAAAGUUUAACAAGCUUUCUGGCCUCUGCACAAUUUUCUAGAGCGAACGCUGAACUGGACAGGGAGAAUGCACAUUUCAGUGUUUCCGAAGCUAUGAUAGCUGCCAUCGAGCAAGUGAAAUGCAACAGACAAUGGCGUCUUGUAGAGGAAGCGACCGAGGAAAGCGAUGAAGAAAUUAAUAACUUGAAACAAAGGAUACGAUUAAGGCGGCGUGAACGACAAGAAGAACGGUGCAAAGGGAGGAUAUGGAACCGCGAGCUGUUAAGCGAUGGAAAAACAGACACGACAACUACCGAUCAAAGUGUCAGCCCCUUGUCGACUUCGUCUGACACCGCCUCAGGAAAUAUAUCUACGGACGAUGUAGAGGAUUUGGAAGUGGACGACGUACGGAAUGCGUUUAAAUUACGAAACGCUGCAAUUUCCGUAUCCAUGGCAUCUUUAUAUUCGGAUGACGAUCUGUUUCAAUCAUCUCCUACGCAUGGAACAGAAUCGACAUUAACUGAGGGCAGUAUGUCCGCGGAAGGUGUAGCUCUAUCGCUCCUUAGCAGGUUUAACGAAAAACAAUUACCACGAGCAAGUGAAUUACAAUGGUUAGUCUCCGAAAAAGAUGUGCCGCAAAGAUUAUUGCCGUUACCUAAAAGCUGGCCAAUUAAUCCAGACGACGCAGAGAACACGCAAUCCAUUCCAUUGCGUGGAACUACGGAAUGGGCUCCGCCGAGAGCUCAAAUUAUUUUUACACCGCAUCCUCCACCUGUGCGGCGAACGCUCAUAGCUAAACAGAAUUAUUAUUGUGCGGGUUGUGGAAUGAAAGUUGCUGUAAAAUAUGCAAACAAAUUUCGUUAUUGUGAGUAUUUAGGUAGAUAUUUUUGUACUGGAUGCCAUACCAAUCAAGUAGCACACAUACCUGGGAAAAUAUUGUCUAAAUGGGACUUCAACAGAUAUUCUGUGUCAAACUUUUCGUAUAGACUAUUGGAUCAAAUGACAACAGAUCCAUUGUUCCAAGUUAAUGACUUGAAUCCAUCAUUAUACAGGCGUAUAAAGCAGUUAGAAAGAACGAGGCUAUUACGUACACAAUUAUGUUUCUUCAAAGAUUUUUUAUUUACGUGUAGAUUCGCGACAAGUGUUCAAGAGAUACUGAAAAAGGAACCAAAUUAUAUGAUAAGCAAACCUCACGUAUAUUCCAUUCAAGAUCUGAUACACGUUAAAUAUGGUACUUUGCCUAUGCGAUUACAAGGACUAAUUCAAAUGUGCAAUAUGCAUAUUGUAGGAUGCGAGUUUUGUCAAGCCAGAGGAUUUGUUUGUGAAUUAUGUUGUUCCAAAGACGUCAUAUUUCCGUGGGAAUUCGCGAAAGUUACCAGGUGCGAAAUGUGUGGUGCAUGUUAUCACAAGAAAUGUAAGCAAAACUUUACUAAAGCGGAUUGCCCACGUUGUAUUCGCUUUUACGCUAGACGAUUAUCUAAGGAAGAACAAUUUUGACGAACGAUAAAGUUGUACUAUAUUAUAUCAUUGUCUGUGAAUAUGGAAUUCAUGAUUUAAAUCAAAUUUAAAUCAUUACGAAACUCACGAUAUUUGUCAAUUGUAUGUAAAUUUCUAUUUAUUAUAUUUAUUAUAAACUGA